AGUCAAAAGUCUACAAUGGAGUGCAAAAACACAUUAUGUGUUAGAUGGUGGUUGUUGAUAACGACUGUGACCGGUUUGGUGAACGCCCAACAGCCAAACGUCGUUUUUAUAAUGGUAGAUGACAUGGGUUGGAAUGACGUCUCCUUCCACGGGUCGGAUCAAAUAUUGACACCCAACAUAGACGCCCUGGCGUACCGGGGCGUGAUCUUACAGCAGUACUACAGCGAGGCCGUGUGUACUCCGGCCAGGACCGCCCUGCUCACAGGGAAAUAUCCUAUGAGAUUAGGUAUGCAUGGCCUACCUCUGUACAAUUCAGAGGACCGAGGUAUACCUCUUACGGAGAGACUUCUGCCCUCAUACAUGAAGGAGUUAGGCUACGCCACUCACCUUGUGGGGAAAUGGCAUGUGGGCAUGUCUCGGCCAGAGUUUCUGCCUACAGCGCGAGGGUACGACUCUCACUAUGGUAUGAGAGGCGGCCUGAUUGACUACUAUACUCAUAAUAAUGUAGAGACGUGGCCAAACGGGCGGCUGCUGUAUGGCUUGGACCUCUUCGACAACGACAUUCCACAAGAAGAGGAGCAGCGUUAUAUUGUUGACGCGUUAACUGACAGAGCUAUUAAGAUAAUAUACAACCACAAUGAAUCCCAACCGUUGUUCCUUCACCUCACGCACAAUGCGCCUCAUUCGGGCACCCCCGGCGGAAAGCUGCAGCCUCCUCUCUACUCUGCGGUCAAGAACAGACACAUUGCCCAUACGGAGCGACGGCUUUAUGCAGAGGUGGUCAACAGCAUCGAUCGUAACGUAGGAAGAGUUGUCCGCGCUCUAGGCGAGAAAGGAAUGUUGGACGAUACCAUCAUAAUAUUCGCGUCCGAUAACGGAGCCCCAACAAUUGGCGAAAUGAACAACUGGGGCGUCAACUUGCCUCUCAGAGGAAAGAAAUUCACUCCGUGGGAAGGCGGUGUAAGAGUCCCAGCUUUUAUUUGGCACUCGUCGUUCCGGCCAAGAGUAUGGAACGGGUUAAUGCACAUCACUGAUUGGUUACCGACUCUAACCGCAGCUGCUGGCGGUCAAUUCAACGGUAAAAUUGACGGAAUCAACCAAUGGGACUCCAUCGUACAAGACGGGGAAUCAAGAAGAAGAGAUGUGCUGUUAACUUUAGAAGACAGCGCCCUCAACAGGUACGCGUCGUAUAGAGCUGGUGAUUACAAAAUUGUGGUGGGCAAUGUCACUGGACUGAGCAACGGUUAUUACGGAGCCGAGUUUAUGAGAAUGAAAGGCGCUCCUCCAGAUUAUUAUCCAGCACUGAGGUCUUGUGAAGUUGCGAGAAUAUUUGAAACAAUGGGAAUGCAUCUGGACUUCUAUGAAGUAUUGGCAAUGAGGGGAGCGACUGCUAUAAAGCAGGAGGACAACGUUAGAGAUCCUACUCCUUGUGUACCAGCACCAACUCGUGGUUGUCUCUUCAACGUUCGACGCGAUCCUACAGAAAGUCAUGACCUCUGGAACAUAGCAAAUAAAAUAGCGGUGUUACUGACUAGCCGACUUCGUGCUCUUUGGGCGAUGCAAAAUAGGAGAGGUCCACCGAAUUUACAAGCGCAAGGCGACCCAGUCAACUUUGACUUCGUGUGGACGCCUUGGCUUAUAAACGGCAGUGAUAAUUUAACUAAUGCUACGAGUAAUAAUGUUAAUAGAACUACAAUGUCUGGAGCAGUGAGAAGUAGAAAUUCAACAGUAGCUAACGUUAUUAAUUGUGAUGGAGAGUCAGGAUUAAGAAACUUUUUGUGUAUACUCAGAACUGUAUUUUAAUUUAAUGUUUAGUAAUUUCAUAAUUUGUCGCUGUAAACAUUGGGGUUAUUUUGCAAAAAUGUGUCAUAGGGUAAACUACGUUUAUCUAACGUCUACAUUUCUUUGAAGAUAUUAGUUUUUGACUAGGUCCUAUAAGGACAAAGAAUCCUGGGUUUGUACAAACGAAGUGUGGCUAAACAAUGAGUCACGAAUUGAGUACCGCGCAAAAGCCUAAACUUAGUUACUUAAAGAUUUGAGUUCUAAAAGGAGUAAUAAAAAAUUUACGAAAAUCUUCAUUGAAUUUAUACCCUGUAUAAUUUGUGGCAGGCCACGGUGUAUGGCGCGUUAAAAACCCGCCAUUUUUAGCAAAUGAAAUCUGGCUGGUGAACAUAGAUAACAGUUCUUGCAACUCACGAAGGCGAGUGAGCUUUACUUGUGUAUGUACGUGUAAUUAAUGCACAUAACGAUAGUGUUAUGUCUAUCAAAACUUUUGAAAAAACGAACACUACCUCUACCGAUACCACUACCGAUCAUGUAAAGCUCACUCGCCUUUGUGAAUUGCAACAACUUAUAAUGAAAGUUACCUUAUUUUAUACUAUGUUUAAAUAUACCAUAUUCGAAAUAAAUUACACGGCAUUUGUUAUUAUUAGGUAAUAUUACAAAGUUCUAUUUACGCACGUCCGAUCUCUUUCAAAAAACGCAGAAUAAGUUGGUCAUACUGUUACAUGUCUUAUAUUUAUUUUUCAUCUGAACAUUUUUAAUUAAGUAUGUAAAAAUAUUUUCCUAUGUUGUUAAGCGACUUAACUGAUUUAUCGCCAGUGUCAUGAAAGUAGAGUUUUUGUUAUUUUAUUAGCAUACAAAUCCUACAUGUAAGUAGGUGAGUAGAUUUUAGAAUAGAUUGUUUCCCUUUUGGGGCAGUCUAAAAAUGUUAGAUAGAGUAAUAAGUAAAAGUGUGUUAUUAUUGUUUUAUUUUAUUUUCCAUUAAGAUGAUGUAAAACAUUUGUUAAGACUUUGUGUAAGUAGGCACCUAUUAUUAAAAAUAUUACAAAAUUAUGUCAUAAAA